UCGUCACCUUCCCCCCCUCCUCAAAACCCUACCGCCUUUGAACAAUGGCGCAGAAAGGCUAUGCUGGUCACUGGCCUUGGCGUCACGGAAGAUGAACGAAUGGGGGCUCUUCGCGCUCAUCAGACGCGGCAGUGUGAAAAGCAGAAGGAGUACUUCAUGAACUACAGUCCUAUCGUUGUUUUUAUGCUGAAGCAUCUGAAGCUCUCAGGGUGUGAAGUACCUCCGUCAAACAUAUUGUGUGCUCCUUGCGAUCAAACGAAGUCUGGAGGCUUCACGCCAGACCCGGGUGCGGUCGUCCUCUGCUCAGGCCACUUUUUCAGUCAGAAACACAUGGAGUAUACGCUGGCGCACGAGCUGAUACACAUGUACGACCAUUGCAAAUUCAAGGUUGACUGGGGUAAUUUGCGGCAUCAUGCCUGCAGUGAAAUCCGGGCAAAUAAUUUGAGCGGCGAUUGCAGGUUCUCACAAGAGGUACGACGGGGUUUUAUCGCCUUCUCGAAACAACAUCAAGCUUGCGUACGGAGACGAUCAGUGGAUUCCGUUGCUGCCAACCCAGCGUGUCCGAAUGAGGCAGCUGCUGAACGUGCGGUGAAUGAGGUGUGGGACAGCUGUUUCAACGAUACACGUCCAUUCGAUGAGGUACAC